UCACGACGCAUUCGGCGCCUAGUUGGCCUAAUGCAGUGGGGGCACCCAGCCUCUUGAGUCUAUAAAUUUGGAGCAAAACUCCGAGCAAUGCACACAAUUGAGUUGAUACGUAGCUAGAAUAUUAGUACUCCAGUAGAGAGAGAGAUCACAAAUAUGGCUCUGGUGCUGAUACACGAGACCCCUCACUGGAAGAAGCUCUUGAGCUACGUUGGACCUGGCUUCUUGGUCUCCGUUGCCUAUCUUGAUCCUGGCAACUUGCAAACUGAUUUACAAGCUGGAGCUAACCACAAGUACGAGUUGUUGUGGAUCGUGCUCGUUGGACUGACAUUCGCUCUUCUAAUCCAGUCUCGUUCAGCAAAUCUCGGAGUCGUUACAGGGAAACAUCUCUCGGAGCACUGUAAGACAGAGUACCCCAACCCAGUGAAUUACAUCCUCUGGAUAGUUGCUGAGGUUGCAGUGAUAGCUGCCGAUAUCCCUGAAGUGAUAGGUACGGCUUUUGCACUCAACAUACUCUUCAACAUACCCAUUUGGUGUGGGGUUCUACUGGCUGGAUUCAACACCCUCCUCCUCCUUGGAUUGCAGCGUUAUGGCAUAAGGAAGCUGGAGGUGGCAAUAGGGAUCCUGUUACUGGUGGUGGGAGGGUGCUUCUUCAGUAUGAUGGUGCAUGCAAGGCCUUGCCCAGAAGAGAUUAUGGCUGGAAUGUUCAUCCCCAAAUUGACCGGUACUAGGGCCACCCGAGAUGCAAUUGCUCUUUUAGGAGCUCUUAUCAUGCCGCACAAUCUCUUUCUGCAUUCGGCGUUGGUCAUCUCCAGGAAAAUCCCUCAUUCCUUUGAGGGCAUUCGCAGUGCAAGAAAGUACUUUCUACUAGAAAGCAGCCUGGCAUUGUUCAUAGCAUUCCUUAUCAACGUCGCGGUCAUAUCGGUUAGUGGCGGUGUGUGCUGGAAUCGGAAUCUGUCUUCGGAAAGCAAGGCCCAAUGCGAGAAUAUAACCCUCAACUCUGCUGCGUUCUUGUUAAAGAAUUCUCUUGGAAAGUGGAGCUCAAAGGUGUAUGCAAUAUCCUUGCUUGCAUCUGGACAGAGUUCAACCGUUACAGGCACUUACGCUGGGCAGUACAUUAUGCAGGGUUUUCUGGAUCUGAAAAUGAAGCUGUGGUUGAGAAAUUUAGUAACAAGGUUGAUUGCAAUUGCUCCAAGCCUAGUAAUUUGCAUUAUUGGGGGAGCGUCCGGAGCUUCAAGGCUCAUCAUCAUUGCUUCUAUGGUCUUGUCAUUUGAACUACCAUUUGCACUGGUUCCCCUCCUCAGGUUCACAAGCAGUGAAGCCAAGAUGGGCCCCCACAAGAGCUCUGUACUGGUGACUUUCACAUCAUGGUUCUUGGGUUUCUGCUCAAUCGGCAUCAACCUUUACUUCCUAAGCGCAACCGUAAUGGGAAGGAUUACUGAUAGGAGCCACAGUUCCAAAGCUUCAUCAAUUGUCGCAGGAGUUUUCGUAUUUCCAAUUUUGGUCCUCUACGUUGCGUUAUUGGCUUACUUGACCCUGAAGAAAGAGACCCCUGUCAAAAUUGAGUCCCUCCCUGGUUUGGGCAUCAACUCUGUUAGGUCCUCUGAAUCUGAGUUUGAAAAGAGAUCCGACGGCAUUCCGAAAGUCCACGGGAUGGAGGGUGAUGACAUUGUUUCGGCCGCCUAAUGAUUAAUGUAAUGUAUCGCUCAAUGGAAAACAACAACAUUAUGCAAGUCCAUGCUUUCCAUGUAUGUAUGGUUUUUUACAUUCUCUCCCGCAAAUAUAUAUAAUGGUGCAUCGUUCUCUAA